GCCGACUUUUAGCUUAGAAGCACCCGAUUGUGAACCUAGAUGGAGGAUACAGAUUUACCCUAAAGGGAGUGUCACUUGCAGUUAUGUCAUAGCUGGAGUCCUUAACUGUAAUGCAACAACCACAACAAUUACUACAAUAGCGAGUUUUGAGACAACGGACCAGAAAAACAACCAGACCUCAGAUGCUAACGUUAAUGAUCUCACCACCGACUCCCCAACCACUGUCAAUCCUGUAUCAACCACUGCCAGUCCUGCACCAACCACUGUCAUCCCCGCAAAUGCCACCACGAGGUCAGACAUCGAGUGCGAAAGCGAUUUAAUCUCCCUGCAUGUUCCCCUCGGCUUACUUCCUUCCGGACAACAAGUGACAUGGAACGACCCCUCGUGUGUAGUUGCUAACAACGGGACUCAUUUGACCGGAAGUAUUGGCCUAGGCGACUGUGGAACCUAUGUCGUUUUCAACGAUUCCCACGUCACGUUUGAAAAUGAACUCGUUUCCCACGCCGGACCCAGAGAUGGUACAUUGGAACCUCAAUCAGGAAUCGACUUCGGGGCCAUGCCAAACUCCGUAAUCGUCGUCCAGUGUGUGUAUCCUAGACGCGAGCAGGAAUCACUUGCCUUUCGCCCAGUACAAGGACAGGUCCGCUUCUUUGAGAAGACUCUAGGUCAUAUGCUGGUCCAUAUGAGACAAGCCCGUGACGUGACAUUUGCUGAUACGUAUGCGCGUCAGGAUGAACCACGCACAGUCCACCUUAACGACGAAGUGUUUAUAAAACUAACCACAGACCAAGGAAAUGUGACAACAGUGGCAAUCAAUGUAGACCGCUGUCUGGCUACACCAUCGCCGUCCCCAUUGGAUACGGACUUCCAGGAACUGACCAAUAAUGGGUGCCCUGCCAUUUCUUCGGUGAGAAUCCACAACUCCCCAGCAACCGAGGUCCAUCUGUCCUUCCAUGCCUUCCAGUUCACCAGCCAUCCUGGCGCUCCCGUGUAUAUCCACUGCGAGGUAUACGUCUGCCCCUUGAGUAAUCCUCACUGUGUUACCGGAUGUACCAAUGUAGUUGCGAGGUCGCGUCGAGCAGCAACGGGCGGAAUCAAGACCCAUCUAGUGUCGACAGGACCUUUCCCAGUGACCGAUGAAAAAGAACAAGGUAUCGUGGGACAGUCCACAGCCCUUAUUGCCGUGACUGGAUUGUGUGCCUGUUUAGCAGUUGCUGCCACAGUGUUUGGGAUCAUGGCCUGGAGAGGAAGGAGGAGGCUGACCGCCAAGGAAACGGUCCAAUGAUCACUGUACGGUCCAAUGAUCACUGUACGGUCCAAUGAUCACUGUAGCCACGUAUCCACAGACAUUUAUGCAAUGUGCUUGUUUAGUCACUGUUUAGAUACAAAAACAUAAUUUUGUUUUAAUUAUUGCUUUUCAAUUAUCUUAUUGCUUAAAUGACGUUGUUGUGUUAAAUGACAAACAACUGGUGUAGUGCUUUAAUAUUUACAAUAUGGAUUUACAUUUAUGGGGUAAAAUCUUAAAUUGACUUUAUCAUGAAACGAAACGAGAAAAACGACGUCUGAAAAUAACUGAUGGAACAAUACUAUUUAAAAGAAUUUCAAAACUAAUUUG